AUGCCGCCCAAACCACCCCCAAAACCGUCCCACCUCACAUCUCAAUCCAACUCCACAACGACCACAUCCUCGCCCGCCUCUUCAAAGCGCGGCAUCGGCAUUCCCUGGGACACCACCCCGGAAACUCUCUCCCUCAUCUUCCCCACCUCCACCUCCCAUCCUCCCACCAUAAUAUCCUGGUGCUUCAACUGGGAGCUCUGGCGCCCGCCCCUCCCCUCAUCCGACACCCACCCCAUCGAAUGGGUCCCCUGCAUACGCACCGCCGCACAAAUCCCCGACCUGCUCCCCUUCCUCACCGACAUCUCGCGCACGCACAAGAUCACGCAUCUACUAGGCUUCAACGAGCCAGAAAUCCCGGAGCAAGCUAACCUCUCGCCGUCCGACGCUGCAAGACUAUGGCGGGACCAGGUGCUGCCUGCGGCGAAGCAAUUGGGGUUGAGAGUAGGCAGUCCGGGGAUGUGCAGUGAUCCUGCGCGGGCACUGCCGUGGUUGGAUGAGUGGUUUGGGCUGUUGGGUGGGGUGGAGGGGAGUGGGGUGGAGUUUUUGGUUUUGCAUUGGUAUGGGAUGGAUUUGGGGGGUUUGAAGGAUUGGGUGGGGAGGGUUAGGGAGAGGUAUGGUGGGUUGAGGGUGUGGGUUAAUGAGUUUGCUUGUUGUAGUCUUGGUGGGGAGGCGGUGGGGGAGGAAGAGGUGGAGAGGUUCGUGAGGGAGAGUACGGCGUGGAUGGAUGGGGAGGAGGGAGUGGAAAGAUAUGCGUACUUUGGGAUGGGGCAGGGUGGGACGGUGGGGCGUUGGGUUGGGGAGGGGAGUGAUUUUGUGAAGGGGGAUGGGGUGACGAAGGUGGGAAAGGGCUACUUGGGUCUGAGGUAG